GUUAAAAAACAAAAACAUUAAAAAUAAAUAAUAUUAAAACAAUUUACUAAAUACUAAAAAAUUACGCCCACCUUAUAGCGUCUUAAUUAAUAAAGUUUCCACUAAAAAUAAAAUAAUAAAAAGUUUUUACAAUUCAAAUAUAUUAAAAUACUGACAGCAGAAGUUCAAAAUUAAAAUCACACACGCGCAGCGUAGCUUACAAAAAACCGCAGUUAUAACCGCAGCGCACUGAAUGAAAAAGAAAAUAUAACAGCAGCUAUUAAAACAACAACUACAUAAACGACAAAAACAAGAGCAACAAAGCCAGUACUUCAGCAGCUUCAGCCAACGAAACAUCUACAUAUACCAACUACUACAGCCAUAACUUCCAAACAGGCAUCCUAACAACAACAAGUAAGAUAACAUUAAAAGGACUCCCAAAAGACACAGAAAAUGGGCUGCAAUACCAGUCAGGAGUUGAAAACAAAAGACGGCAACGCUGGCGACGCUAAUGGGGAGGGUGAGCUCAUUGCCAUAGCCGCAACCAGCAAUGGUGAUGUUGGUGUGAACGCUGGGGAGCAGAAUGGCAAUUUGGUGGAGCAGCAAAAAGCCGCCGGCGGUGGCGGUGGUGGUGGUGGUGUUGACGUCAAACAAACUAGAUUGACAGCAUCCGCAGCUUCUGCAGCUUCUGCCGUCUCAGCCUCAUCCGCAGUCUCCGCAGUUUCGGCAGCUUCGGCAGCCUCGGCGGCUACGGCGACGUCAAACAAUCUUACAAAUCACUCGAAAUCAAAUUCAAUUAUAAGCAACGGUGAUGCUAACAAGCGCUCCUCCAGAGAUGAGGGCGAUGGUGGCAUACUCGAGAAGGCGCUGGCAACUGUGAAACAGCAAUGCGAUAAGGCGGAAAUAGUCGAGUUCAACGAUAUGGGUGAAUUGGGCGAAAUCGGUGAAAUGGGCGAGGAUGAAGAUAUCGAGGUGACAUAUCGCAUACCACCUGGCCAUCAUCAUCAUGGCAGCAAGAAGAUACAACGAAAUCCGCUCAGAAAUCUGGAUCUCGAUUUUAAAUUCGAUGUUAAUUCGUUUUAGCUACCAACCACCAAAGCAACUACACAAAUCGGUAAAUAUCUACUAAUAUAUGGCAUUUUUUGAAAAUUACUUGUUGCCAAAG